AUGCCAAUUGUGAGAGCUCGAGGAACAUCAGUUCGUGAACGAGUUGCGGCAAUCGAGAAAAAUGAUGUGGGAUCCAUGAAAACUUCGAAUUCGGAUAACACGGUUAUCCGAGCAAAGUAUGUGGCUGAUGUUCGAGGGGUCAACAGAUAUCGACAUUUUCAUACGUAAGAUUUUCAUUGAUUCUUUUUCUUGGAAAGAAAAAGCAAAGUUGUAUAUUUCUUGAAAAAAAGAGGGAAAAAUUGAUAAAAUCUGAUGAAUAGAGCCGAAUUAAUAUUGAAUUGAAUUGGUAAACAUGGCAAGGAUUAUACCCGUUUUUUCUAUCUCUUAUAUUCAAAGUGUUCUGAAUAUCUUUAUAACUAAUAACUUAUUCUUGAAUCGUCAUCAACGACUCGAAAAAUACACACAUAUUAUUUUUAGGGGAGAUCGCCGUGAAAUAUUUAUAAAUAAAAAUUGGGAUGCGAUAAAAAUAGCAUUGGAAAUGAAAAUAAAUGAGUUGACGUAACUAUUUUUGGGAUGGACGCGAAUGGAGAGGGGUGAUUAAUAAAUGUUUGCAUUCUAAAUUGGAUAAAUGCCACUUUUUUCAAAAGUUAAUUUUGAAUGCCAGACGUCGGUGUUUUUUGUUCAGAAUUAUGAAAGUUGAUUUGACUCGUAUUGAAUUUUUCAAGUUCACAUUUGAUUUUUUGAAUUUUCGAAAAUAUGAAAAAUCAUAUUGUUUUGAUGAACUUCAAUUUUCUUUUCAAAGUUUAAAUUAUUUUGAAAACAGUUGUUUUUAAAAUUAUUUCAGGCUUGUAAAAACGCUAGAAUAUUGAAAUUUUAAAAAAUUUUCAAUCAUUAGACAUUAUUAUAAUUUAAGUUUUUUCUACUCUGACAUCCUAGAACAAGCUCAACUUCUAAAAACAAAUUCGAAUAAUUUUCAAUACACCACCUACAAUCUAUCCGCAUUUUCCUAAAAUCUUGAAAACGGAAAUUCGUAAGAUUAAAAAAUCAUAUCACAGCCACUUUCUUUCGUUUUUGUAGACCAUUGAUGAAUGAUGUUAAUACUCGCAACAAUAACUACGGCAAAGAUACAACGUCAUCAUCUUCAACCCAAUUGCCGUAUCUGAUCAGACCUGGACAGUAAGAAUUUUUGUUCUGUUCUGUGUUUUUUUGAUAACAAUUGAUGACGUUUGAAUCUUUUGCAGAAUUCAUUACAUUGACCCUGACGAUCGAGACGCCGAAAAUGGAAUGGAAAAAGGUGAGAGACAAAAAAUGAUCUCAUAUCACAGACUACACAUAAAAUGAAUAAAUAAAUUAAUGAAUCACUGUUAAUCUCAACGUCAUUGCCCUCUUCUCUUUCUAUUUUCACAUAAUCCUCAUUUUUCCAGGCAUUAGAAAGAAGAAGAAAAAUGUGACACUUCCCCAACUCAACAAUUCAACAUCAGUUUAUUCAAAACUUGGUCUAAAACCGAAAAAAGAAAAUGAUAUCAUCAGCAAAAGUGAGAUUUUGAAAAUGUUGAAGUAUUUCAAAUAUUGUAUUUUUCAGUAGAAGAACGGGCAAAAACAGCAAUUGAAUUGAAAUCAUCAUCUGAAUCUGACAAUUCGCUGAAAUCGAGUUAUUCUGGAGUUCGACUGAAUGAUAGCCUGACACAAAAAAGUACAGGUGGGAAGAUGUAUAGAAAAAAGAUUAGAAAAAGAUUUAGACAAUCUUUUUGAGGAUUAAAGAAGAUGACUGUUUCUUGUGAUUAUGCCAUUCUUGAAACUUUGAGAUUAACUAGUUUGCACUCGAGAGAAAUCUGAUGGAUGGGACAUUAAAAAUUAGGAGUUAACAAUAUAUUUAACAAAUUUAAAAUGGAGAGCUUUCAAUCCUUUGAAAAUUAGGUUAUCUAACUUUUUUGGGAAUUAAAAACCAGUAAACCAUUUUGUGUAUGCAGAAUUUUAUCUGAAAUGAAAAUGACCAAACCCAACUUUAAUUUUUUAAUCAAAGCUUCCGCAAAAUGUGUUAUUUUCAAAAAAAAAAAAGGAUUUUUCUAUGCUGUUCAUAUUUCAGUUCCUGAUUCAAAUGUUUUUGAAUAAUUUUUCAAAAACCCGUAGAUCAAUUCUGCUAAGCCUUGUUGACAUAAUUCAAAAUUCUGACAUCAACUAGAUCAUGUUCUACAUCAUUUCAAUAUCAAAAUAUCUACAUCACAAUUUUUCCAAAAGAUCUUCCACAUUUUCCUCAUUCUCUCCCUUAAUCAGAAAUGUAUUAAAAUGUUUUUUUUUUCUAGGAACAACUCCUCGUCGCACAUUUGCCUCGUUGGGUCAGCGACAAAAUGGAGUGAUUAUCACACGACCCGUGAAUAAUUCAUUAGAAGUGGCUCUUCCACCAAGGUAUGUAUCAACAAAAUGUUGAUGUGUUUGACUUCUGAUCUUUUUUAUCGCGCCCUCUUCUAUCUUCUUCAUUUUUUUAUAGAUCCAAGUCGGCGCAAGACAUCGAAGCUCGCUUUGAGCCGGAUUACACAAUUGUUCAAGAACCUUCGUUGAACAGUUUGCUUUUAUCAUCACCUGAAUCAAGAGAUAUGGCUACACAAACGGUAAGAAUUUCCGAAAAAAAUAUUAUCAGCAGGUGAAAUUUUUCAGGCUAAUAAAAAUGUCUCAACAGCAAGUGUUGAAUUCUUGAACUGUGUUCGAUCUACUCAAACAGAUUCUGUACCAUAUGUGAUUGUUCCUAGACGGAAAUCUGAAGCACCUAUCAAUCUUCAAGAUGUAUGUGAUCACUAAUUAUCAAUGUGUCAACUUUUAUUAUUUUCAGAUUGAAGAACGGGAAGCGUUGAUGGAAGUUAUUGAAGAUGCUCUUGGUGAAACAUUCGAUCGAUAUUCUCGUGUUCGAACGAAUCAAAUAAUUGCGAACAGUGCUAGAAAACAGGCUCAAAUAUGGCGAGAUGCAAAAGAUUUUCUGGCCAACUCGUUAUUCCCCCAUGCUAUUCAAACAGCUAAUAAAAGUACAAGUAAAAGUAAAACGGCUGCUGAAAUUGUGGCUAAUAUUAAGAUUUAUCCAUAG